AUGGACCAGGCGCGAAGCACCUGCAACGGCGGCACGUCGCAACCUCCAAAGCGUAGGAAACGUUAUUUAGAGCCAGGGGAGACCUAUUCCUUGCCACGGACAUCUUUGCGGUACCAGGAGAGGGUCCAGGACAGCCAGUCAUCUUUGCAGACACCUCAGCAGCAGUCUCUCAGAAGCUCCGGCGCUGGAAGUGCAAAUGCCGGCGUAUGUAAUAACUAUUUGUCCUGCGAGAUUUCUGACAACGAUGAUUUCGACGCCAGUGAUCAAAACCUUUACCAUGCGGAAAGCGACGAGGGAGAUAGCAACAAACAGUACGACAGUGAAUCCAGCUCUGCUGAAGACUGCAGUGGUGCAGAAGAGUGCGAAGGUUCCUCUCUGGUCCCUGUUGUCAGCAUUCUGCUGUACUGCGAUGGAGUGGAGCUGACGUUCGAGGGUCCGGAUGCCCACCAGUUCCAUGGCACCAAGAAGGGGCGCAUCUACCUCACCACGCACCGGAUGGUGUUCACCAACGGCAACAGCAAGGACUUCCUGCAGUCAUUCAGCUUCCCCUUCUUCACUGUGAGCAACCUCGGACUAGAGCAGCCCAUCUUUGGCGCAAACUACAUCAAGGGCACCGUCAAGGCCGAGCAGAAUGGGAACUGGACGGGUAAAUGCGCCUUCAAGCUGAAGUUCAUGAAGGGCGGCGCCAUCGAGUUUGGCCAGGCCAUGAUGGAGGCCGGCAAGAUCGCGUCGCAGCAUGCGGCUGGAAUGGCUCCUCCGCCAUACUUCCCGCCUCCGGGUCCGUACUACUGCCCACCUCCGCCUGCAUACACGCCAGGACAGGGUGUCGACUACGGCUUCAACGUACCCUACAACGUGUUUCCCGAUGCACCUCCAGGUAAACUGGUUUAGUUUACUUAUUUAUUG